AUGGACGCGAAGCCCCAACGCAUCCGUGUCCGUGGUGACGAGAAUGCUCCCUUCCCGCUCGCCGCGAACAAGACGCUUCAUCAGCGAACGAAGUCCACUACCGCGUUGUCCUCGGCUUUUCAGAAUGGUGCCAUCAAGAACGGAGCUCGCAGAGCCGCCUUUGGAGACGUCAGCAAUACCUCCAACCCAGUCCAUGGCAACCGAGACGAUGCCUCCCUUGUUGGCAAGAAACCAGCUAAAGUGCUCGAGAAGGCGUCAUUGGUUACGGAGAAGAAAUCGGCCGUUCUUUCACAGCCUGCUCAACGUCCAGUUUCCAUGUCCGGCUUCAAGGGUCUGUUGAAUAAUGUGACCAAUCUCAAGCCCCUUGAAAUUACGAAGCAAGCAGCUGGACACCAGCAGAGCACGAAUGCCCGCAAAACCCUCAACAAGCGCGCCGCCGUUUUUAAGGACCAACUAGAGCCAGUGACGGAGAACAAAGAAACUGCAUCCAAGGAAUCAAACCUCGAACUGAAGGAAGGCAACAAGAAGAGCUAUGCUAAACAAGGCCCUGCGGAACCUCUGCGGAAGGACGACGAGGCGGAGGAGACUGCUUAUUCGGAUGAAAUCUCGGAGGGCGAGCUGGCCAAGCUCGAGGCCUCGUUGGCUCCGCCUGAAGUCGAUGAAGACGAGAAAGAAUCCACAGAGCUUGACGAUGACAACUGCAAAGUGCAAACCUUGUUGAAGCAAACCGGCGAGCUUCGCGAAGCCCAUGUAACAACGGACUCAAAUGCUGCCAAUAUUGGCUCCAAGGUUACACGCAAAUCUACCACGGCCUCUCGUCCUUCACAGGAAUCCUUACCUCACCAGUCGGAACCUGAAGAGUACUGGGACGAUGAGGACGAAGAUAAUGAGGAAGAUGAUGGCUAUGUCACUGCACGUUCCUAUCGCUCCCGUGGCGAUACUACAACCGGUGGAGCGACCACGCUACUGUUCCCCAGAUUUAACCAGCAUGUCAAACGGGAGCUGGCUCUCGCAAAACAGGUUGUCGAGGCUACUCGCACCGUCGAAGACAUUGAAGACGACUAUUGUGACACAAGCAUGGUAGCUGAGUACAGUGAGGAGAUCUUCGAGUACAUGAGGGAACAAGAGAUUAAGAUGCUGCCAAAUGCUCACUACAUGGACAACCAGGCUGAGAUUCAAUGGUCUAUGCGGUCUGUUCUCAUGGACUGGCUGGUGCAGGUCCAUCAUCGGUUCUCACUGCUCCCUGAAACUCUUUUCCUAUGCGUCAACUACAUUGACCGCUUCCUCUCCUGUAAGAUCGUCUCGCUUGGAAAGCUGCAGCUCGUAGGUGCGACUGCCAUCUUCAUCGCUGCCAAAUAUGAAGAGAUCAACUGCCCGUCUGUUCAAGAGAUUGUCUACAUGGUUGACGGUGGCUACACGGUCGAUGAGAUACUCAAGGCUGAACGGUUCAUGCUGAGCAUGCUUCAGUUCGAAUUGGGGUACCCUGGCCCUAUGAGCUUCCUGCGCAGAAUCAGUAAAGCCGACGAUUAUGAUCUUGAGACUCGCACUCUUGCGAAGUACUUCUUGGAGAUUACUAUCAUGGACGAGCGAUUCGUUGGUAGCCCCGCCAGUUUCCUUGCUGCUGGGGCUCAUUGCCUGGCGAGGCUGAUGCUGGGGAAGGGCACAUGGUCCCCUGCCCACGUGCAUUAUGCUGGAUAUACUUACUCUCAGCUUCACCCGCUCGUCUCGCUGAUCAUGGAAUGCUGUGAGAUGCCCGGCAAACACCAUGCGGCCAUUUAUGACAAGUACCUGGACAAGCGGUUCAGGAAAGCUUCCCUAUACGUCGCACAAACGAUUAAGAGAUUUCGCCUUUCGGAGCCCACCAUCGACCGCAAAACGACACUGGAAUCUGGACACUGGAAGCGGGCGUAA